AUGUCAAACUCAAAAAGCAGAACGAAACACCCACGUGUCUUUUCUCUGUCAUCAUCUUACGCUUAAUUACCCCCUUUGUCUCUCUCUCUCUCUCUCCACAACGACGCCGUCUCGAUCUUCUUCUUCUUCGACGUAGUAACAGAGCGCGCGCGUUGAUUCAAACCAUAGCAUGGAUGAGACUUCAGCUCUCAUCGAAGCCAUUCUCAGAGAGCAAGAGGAAGAAGAAGAAGAAGCUCACAGAAGAAGACGGAACCUCACCACGCAAAACACCACAAUCAAAAGUAACAACCAAUGGCAAACGGUGUCGUAUCACAAGCGCAACCGCAACAACAACAACAACAAGUCUUCCUCCAAGCAGCCUCUCGCCGCCGAUCCUUCCCCUGACGUCUUCAGCUCCGUUCAGCGCCAUUCCGAGCACAGCCGCCGCCGACUACUCGAGUCUCAGAUCGCCUCCGAGGCUGAAGCAGCUGCAGCCGCCGCUCCGAGCAGAUCGAAGCGGCAUUCCGACGACGAAGACGACGGCGAUGCGGAGCAUGAAGCCAUCGCCGUUCAGGAGGUGAAGAAGGCGAAGCAGAAGAAACCGAAGAAGCCGAAGGUGACGGUGGCCGAAGCUGCUUCUAGAAUCAGCGCCGAUGAUCUCGACGCGUUUCUCGCUGAGAUUACCGCUUCGUAUGAAUCGCAGCAAGAUAUUAUGCUGAUGCGAUUUGCUGACUACUUCGGUCGCGCAUUCUCGUCGGUGAGUGCAGCUCAAUUCCCGUGGCUGAAGACGUUCAAAGAGUCCACCGUUGCGAAGAUUGUUGAUAUCCCUCUUUUGCAUAUAUCUGAGGAUAUUUACAAAAUAUCAACGGAUUGGAUCAGUCAUCGAUCAUAUGAAGCACUUGGUUCCUUUGUGCUAUGGUCGUUGGACAGCAUUCUUUCAGACCUUGCCAGUCAUCAGGGAGUUAAGAAGGCAGUCCAGCAAUCAUCAUCGAAAUCUCAGGUUGCCAUGUUUGUGGUUUUAACAAUGGUGCUUCGACGAAAACCUGAUGUCUUGAUUAGCUUAUUACCAAUAUUAAAGGAGAAUAAAAAAUAUCAAGGACAGGAUAAACUCCCUGUCAUUGUUUGGGUGAUAACUCAGGCUUCUCAAGGAGAUCUAGUUAUGGGGUUGUACUUGUGGGUAUAUCUUCUCUUGCCGAUGCUGAGUGUGAAGUCUGGUUGCAAUCCACAGUCAAGAGACUUGAUAUUACAGUUGGUUGAGAGAAUUAUCACAUUUCCUAAAGCUCACUCUAUCUUGCUAAGUGGGGCUGUCAGAAAGGGGGAGCGUGUUGUGCCCCCAUGGGCACUUGAUUCUCUAUUGAGAGUUACUUUCCCUCUUCAUUCAGCCCGGGUCAAGGCCACUGAAAGAUUUGAAGCUGUUUAUCCAACGUUAAGAGAAGUUGCCCUUGCCGGUUCCCCUGGAAGUAAAGCAAUAAAGCAUCUUGCACAACAGAUACUAAGCUUUGCAAUUAAAGCUGCGGGAAAAGCUAAUCUGGACCUAUCAAAGGAGGCAAGUGACAUUUUUAUUUGGUGUUUGACUCAGAACCCUGAAUGUUACAAGCAAUGGGAUUUGCUUUAUAUGGAUAACCUUGAAGCAAGUAUUGUUGUAUUAAGAAUACUUUCUGGUGAAUGGAAGGAAUACUUUAUCAAACAUCCUACUCUUGAUCCUUUGAGGGAAACUCUUAAGAGCUUCAGUCAAAAGAAUGAAAAGGCCUUGGCUAAGGCGGAUGAUGCUGCUCGCCAUGCAUUAUUGAAGGAUGCAGACAAGUACUGCAAAGCCCUUUUGGGAAGAUUGUCACAAGACCAUGGAUGCAUGAAGAGCGUGACAAUUCUUUCUGUUGUAUUUGCGGUUGGUGCCAUUUUCGUGUACCAGAACUUGCAUUUAUGGGAUUAUAGUCAACUGACAGAAAUGUUGAACCUAUCCUAGGAUGACAGAGUUAUCCUGUGGCUUGCUCGGUGCUUAUGCCCAGCGUGGACCACUUCAGCCGAUAGUGAGGAGUGACGAGGAAUAUUUAAUUUAUUUUAGCCUUCAACAUAGUGAAAUUAAACAAAAAUAGGAGGAACAAACAAAGCCAUGGAAGCUUGUGCUGGCCAUUUAUAUAGGUGUUGAUGUGUGUUCUCAAAUUUUAGGUCAACUUGAAAAUUUCUUGCAUAAAUUUUUUUUAUAGUGGCUUGUUAUAUAUUGAUUUUCUGAUAAAGCGCCAAAUGGCUAUAGAGAAAUGAAAAUGAAGGUGAAAUGAAGUUGUGCAUGAAUGCAAAUUUUGAAGUAUUUAAAUUCU